GUUAUUUUCUCUCCCAAAUUUCACACAAGAUCAUCACAACUAUUUUCUAUAUUUCAUCAUAUAAUCAAUCGAUACAUACAAUAAAUCUGUAUCUAUAUUUCUCUCUCUAUAUAUAUAAAUUUAGUGAAACAAAGCUUGACAGGAAUACGAUCGUUCGAUCAGAUUAUCAUUCGCUACAAAUGGCGUUAGGGUUUACCCCAAGAGAAACUGAGAUGGAUUUAGGACAAGUGGAUUGCUCAAAAAAGAGGAAUAGAACCAGAAAAGAGGCACCGAAAACUGUGGCAGCAACUCUUGCUAAAUGGGUUGAAUAUAAUAAAGCUAAUUCAUUAGAUGGAAAAGUGAAAACACGAAAACCGCCUGCAAAAGGGUCGAAAAAAGGAUGUAUGAAAGGUAAAGGAGGGCCAGAGAAUUCGAGGGUUAAUUUUCGAGGUGUGAGACAACGGACAUGGGGUAAAUGGGUUGCAGAGAUUCGUGAACCGAAUAGGGGCAAAAGAUUAUGGCUUGGGACAUUUGGGAAUGCUGUUGAAGCUGCAUUGGCUUAUGAUGAGGCUGCAAAAGCAAUGUAUGGGCCGAAUGCUCGUCUUAACUUGCCAGAUUAUCGCUCGAAGAAUGAUUGUGUUCAGAUGAUGUCUGCUGUGUCUGGUUCUAGUUGUGAAUCGACAACGACGUAUAGUCACUCUGAGGAUAGCACAGUACUAGAUUCUAAGGCUGGAUUUGACGGGUUUUUGAAAACUGAACAUGAGGAGAAAAUGUAUGAUGUAAAUGAAGCUGCAUUUAGUCCAAAAGUCGAGAUUAAAAAAGAACGUUUUGAGGAUGAACAUAAAAGUGCUGCUGAUGCUUCCUUAUGUACUGAUGAUGGUUACUUUCAGAACAACCCUGUUGAUGUGAUGUUUGAUUUGGACGAGCUUAUCUCGCUUAUAGAUCAAAGUGGUGCCCCUGCCUGCAAUGCUAACAACGAGUCGCUGUUUGGAUACAAACCAGAUGGCCUAAAUUGUUCAAUGUAUAUGCAACAAGAUCCUUACGGGGCGCUGGAUUAUAGUUUUGACUUGCUGGAGCAAGGAAGACCCGAAGAUUUUAAUUUCACAUUGGAGGAGCUGGGUGUGAGUUUGGAUUCCUUGCCAAAGUAGGCGUGUAAUUAGAAACAAAACUAGAAACUAAAACUGACUGUUUAAUUUCAUAUGGUGGUUUGUUUGUUCCACUUCACCUUGUUUGGACCGGUUCUCUGCAGGUUUUAAUUUCAUGAGGAUUGGGUUUUUUUAUGUAUGGUUCAACCGAGAUUGUAAAUAAUAAAACUAAACUAUAGAAACCCAAUAUGCUGUGAGCUUUCAGCUGGGUAUUUUGACCUGUGAAA